AUGACUGCAAUUACAUCCUUGACGACAACAUUAUCUGCAUUACAUAAUACUAAUUUAGAAACAUUUUCUCUCGUUUGGUUGGAUAUAUCGAUACAUGAUUCACAAGAAAAUCUUGAUACUCAACGACAAUUACGCACAAUUAUUAAUCAUUUAGAAACUUUUGAAGAUAGCAAAGUUUGUGAAAAUUAUAUUCGAUCUGUACCUAAUCAUGAUCGAAUUGUUAUUAUUGUUAGUGGUCUAUCAGGUCGACGAUUAGUACCUCGAAUACAUUAUCUUCAACAAGUUUGCUCAAUUUAUGUGUAUUGUAUGGAUAGAAAAACCAAUGAACGAUGGACGAAGAAGUUCAAUAAAAUUCAAGCUGUGAUUAUUAAAUCAAAAGAUCUAGUAGAUCAAAUUCAAUCGGAUCAGAUAAAACGUAUUAAAAAGAAAGCAAAUGAAACUCUUUCAAUAAAUAUAUUUAAUACUGAACAAGGUCAAUCAACAACUGGUCUUAAUGGACAGUUUAUUCAUUCUCAAUUAUUAAUUGAUUGUUUACUUCGAAUGAAUCCAACAACGAUUGAACAAGAUGAAUUUGUGUCUGUAUGUAAAGAAGAAUAUAAAGAUAAUCAACAUGAAUUAUCAAUAAUAAAUGAUUUUGAAAAAAAUUAUACACCAUCACGUGCAAUUUGGUGGUAUACAAGACCAUCAUUUCUUUAUCGUUUAUUAAAUAAAGCAUUACGUAUACAAAAUAUUGAUUUAAUUUAUUUAUUUCGUUUUUUUAUUCGUGAUUUACAUCGACAAUUAUUAGAAUAUCAAUCAUUAAAUGUAAUACGUGUUUAUCGUGGGCAACUAAUGAUCAAUGAUGAACUUCAAAUAUUAAAAGAUUCAAUUGGAAAAUUUAUUUCGAUAAAUUCAUUUUUUUCAACCAGCCUUAAUCGAGAUUUAGCCGAAGUUUUUUCUCGUGAUUCAGAUAAUUGUGAAAGAGUUCUAUUUGAAAUCGAUGCUAAUCCACAAUUAACUAAUGAAAAACCAUUUGCUAAUAUAAGUACAUACAGUUAUUUUCCUGAUGAAUCCGAAGUAUUAUUUAUGUUAGGUUCAAUAUUUCGAUUAGUGAAUAUAUCAUGUAAUGACAAUGGUUUAUGGAUUAUUCAUAUGGUCUUAUCAAGUGGAAAUGAUCAUGAUUUAAAACCAAUAUUUGAACAUAUGAAAAAUCAACAUAGUCAAUAUAAAACUGAUCUUCUUUCAUUUGGUCAUGUUUUACGUGAUAUGGGUAAAUUUGAUGAAGCAGAAAAUUAUUAUCGUCGAUUACUUCAUCCAUCACCAACUGAUAGUCAAGAAUUAGGUCGAUGUUAUCAUGCACUUGGUGUUAUUAAAUAUGAAAAAGGUGAUUAUGAUUCAAGUUUAAAUUGGCAUUCAAAAGCAUUAGAAAUAAAAUUAUAUUCAUUAAAAUCUAAUGAUCCACAAUUAGCCAAUAGUUAUAAUAGUAUUGGUACGAUUUAUGAAAGAAAAAAAGAUUAUACACGUGCAAUUCAAUCAUUUCAUAAAUCAUUAACUAUUCUUAAGCAAGCAUUCGGUGAUGAUCAUCCGAAAGUAGCUAUAUGUUUAAAUAAUAUUGCUGGAAUCUAUCAAAUUGAAAAAAAAUAUAAUGAAGCAUUAAAAUAUAAUCAAAUAGCUUUAAAUAUACGUGUAAAACAUCUUCCAGCUGAUCAUCCUGAUUUAGGAGCAUCACAUAGUAAUAUAGGAAUUAUCUAUCGAUGUCUUGGUCAUUACAAUUUUGCAAUAGAACAUCAUAAUCAAUCACUUAAAAUUCAUCAAAAAUCACUUCCACCACAACAUCCACAGAUAGCAUCGACAUUGAAUAAUGUCGGUCUCGUUUAUGAGGAUGAAAAUGAAUAUCAUCAAGCAUUAGAAUAUUAUGAAAAAGCUGCUCUUAUCUAUCGUCAUGCAUUACCUUCCACACAUCCAAAUAUUAUUAAAACGGAUCAAUUCAUUCAACGAAUACUAUUGAAAAUGAAAUAA